AUGCAAGAGGAGCAUCAGAUGGCAAGUGCAGGAGCUCCAACGACGGUGGCCAUUAAUGUGGAGGGCACGACCCCGCCCUUUGAUCCUCGCAAUCCCACACUAGGCCAAUCUAAUCAACAGGACUCACGUGAUCAGAAACAUGGGUUUAGAGAGUUCUUAUCAUUUGUUGGCCCUGGUUUUCUGGUUUCUCUCGCAUAUCUUGAUCCCGGAAAUCUGGAAACCGAUUUACAAGCUGGAGCGGAUCAUGGAUAUGAGCUUCUAUGGGUUAUACUCGUAGGGUUGAUAUUUGCUCUGAUCAUUCAAUCGUUGGUUGCUAAUCUCGGAGUGAGCACCGGGCGACACCUGGCCGAGCUAUGCAAGGUUGAGUAUCCACCAUUGGUAAAUUACAAUUUGUGGAUUCUGGCUGAAGUUGCCAUCAUAGCUGCUGAUAUACCGGAAGUGAUUGGGACAGCCUUUGCACUUAACAUACUGUUACACAUCCCAGUAUGGGCUGGAGUUUUGUUCACUGGCUGCAGCACGCUUGUGCUUCUUGGCCUGCAGAGAUAUGGGGUUUCGAAAGCUGAAAUGUUGAUAGCUACAUUGGUAUUCGUAAUGGCGGGGUGUUUCUUCGGUGAACUGAGCUAUGUGAAGCCUCCCGCUUCAAAGGUCAUGGAGGGGAUGUUCAUCCCCAAGCUCUCUGGGACCGGGGCCACCGGCGACGCCAUCGCCUUGUUUGGCGCGCUUGUGAUGCCGCACAACCUUUUUCUCCAUUCUGCUUUGGUCUUGUCAAGGAGAGUUCCGAGAUCGGUCCAAGGCAUCAACGGCGCCUGCCGAUUUUUCCUCAUAGAAAGUGGCUUCGCAUUAUUCAUAGCAUUUUUUAUCAACGUGGCCAUUGUGUCCGUGUCUGGCACCAUCUGCUCGGGCAAUAAUCUCUCGAGCGAGAGUGCAAAUCAAUGCGGCAACUUAACUCUCAAUUCUGCUUCAUUCCUCCUUAAGCAUAUGUUGGGAAGAUCUAGCUCGACGAUUUACGCCAUUGCAUUGCUAGCUUCAGGACAAAGCUCCACGAUCACAGGAACCUAUGCAGGCCAAUACAUCAUGCUGGGUUUCUUGGAACUCAAAAUGAAGCCAUGGAAACGGAACCUAAUGACUAGAUGCAUUGCCAUUACACCGAGUCUCAUUGUCUCUAUCAUUGGAGGAUCUUCAGCGGCCGGUAGCCUCAUCAUCAUCGCGUCGAUGAUUCUAUCAUUUGAGCUUCCGUUUGCUCUCAUCCCACUUCUUAAAUUCAGUAGCAGUUCAACAAAGAUGGGACCCCACAAAAACUCAAUCUACAUAAUGGUGAUCUCGUGGAUACUGGGAAUAGGACUCAUCGGUGUCAACAUCUACUACCUCUGCACGGGCUUUGUCGGCUGGCUAAUCCACAACAAACUUCCCCAAGUUGCCAACAUUUUGAUUGGAAUCCUAGUGUUCCCACUCAUGGCCGUCUACAUCAUUGCAGUGAUCUACUUAACUUUCCGAAAAGACACUGUCGCUAUUGACCCUGUGAAGCACACGACAUCAACGGUCGAACAUGGCCAUGGCAAUUCAGGCAACUCUGCCGACCAACUUCCUCACCGAGAGGACCUAGCAGACAUUCCUCUUCCAGAAUAG